AUGAUCCUCGGGAUCAUCUUUGCGAUGCAGUCCAAAGACACGCCGCAGGAGAAAAGCCGUCUAGCCUCCGUUUCUGCAGAAUGGCAAACAUUUUUCGAGGAGCGCAACUUCAAGAAUCUAAAACUUGAGCGGCUCCACGAUAUAGACAAACUCAGAGACUUCGUCGGUCCUCGUCGUCAGAUGUACGUCAGUCAGAUCUGGCUCCAUGUGUCCUUAGCGACAUAUACUUCCGAAGAGUUCUGCAAGGAAGAGGACGACGAAGAGAUAUUGCACAACAAUGAGAUUUUUGACAAGCACUUCAAGUCACUUCUUAGAACGCUUUCGAAAUGGCAACUAGGCUACGGCGACGAAGAUCACUUCGGCAUUCACCUUCACUUCUUUGCCGACUCGCCCGAGGACGAUUACCACCCAUUCAAGGGGGAUGAUGAUCCCGAUGAACCCUAUGAUAAUCUUGAGCCCGCUGACCUCUUGGGAGCACGGAAGCGUCUCAUGGGAAAUCUGCUCGACUUUGAAAAUGCAACCCCCACGUCGAGCUUGACAAGCUUGGCUGAAACUGGGUGCCCUGUGGUUCCGAGGGUUCCAGUAGUCAAAAACUUCAGCGUUACAGACAGCCCGGUCCUAACCGCGAUAUUGCUCGGGCGGCUGUACUGGGAUGCUCUCGCCUAG